UACGUGAACGCUUUAUGUUUCUGAACAGUAUUUACAUGUAAUAAAAUUAAAAUGUGUUUUAAAAGGAAAUACAGUUUUAUAAGGUUACUUUUCAUCAAGGGUUUCGUGUACUGAGCAACGCAGAAGGCUGAGCGUAGUGUAGAAAAUCUGUGGUGUUAAAUGUGCUGUUUUAUUUUGCUACAGAAUUAGUUUGUUCUUGUUUUCAAUAUUUGUUGCAAAUUGCUGCAGUACUCAGUGGCAGUGCUUGAGAACACAGCGGGCCUGAAGCACAGGAAUAUCGCGCAUCCACGUCCAGCUUUGAAAAACUGCACCUGUACAGGCAUGGAAUCAAGCGGGGAUACAAAAAUCUGCGUAACACUACAUUACUUUGUAACAUUGCAACAUCAUUUGAAAUACAUAACUCCGGUUAGAAUGGAUAAAAUACAGUCUGAUUUUCAAAAAAUGUAUAAACUUAUAUUUUCCGAAUCGUUUUAGUCUACUGUCACUGCUAUUCAGAAUUAAUGCAUAUAGACAGAUAUAUAGAUAGAUAGACAGACAGAUAGAAAGUUGAGUCACGAACACAUUAUCAGUGACCACUUAAUUUUAGUGCAAGUUUACAUUUAUGAACUUUUUUUUUUUUUUUUUGGUAAAUAAGAGAAUACUGUGCAAUGGGGUAUACAGAUGUUUUUAGCGAUUCAUCAUAAAUCAAAUCAACAUAGAGCGCCUUUCAUGGCAAGCCAUCUCAAAGCGCUUAACAAAGAAGACAAACAUUUAAGUACCAUAAAACAUUAAGCAUAAUAAAAAAAACAGUAAAAUAAAACAUAACGAGAGAUCUGAUUGAAAGUGUGAAAGACAUUAAAAAGUGAGUUUUUAAUCUCCUUUUAAAAAUUGUCAAAGUAUGUGCAUCUCUCGUCGAGCAAGGGAGAACGAUUAUAAUGUAUUCUCUAAUUAAUAUAAAACAUUAAAGAUAUACAAAAAAAAUUCAAACUAUCUACAAGAAAACCCAGCCAAACUCACCGUUUACCAGAAGGGAAAACAAUCACAGUGUGUGUCCACCUCUGAAAAUAUAUCAGUGGACCCAGAUGGAGUCUGAAUCUCAAUCCGAGUCUGAUAGCGGAACAGAGGAGAGGUGGUGCGAAGGGGAUAGAUGCCUUGCACCAUACUCGGGUGAUGGGAAGCUCUAUGAAGCGAGAAUAAAAACGCUAAUCUUAGAAGAACAGGCUAAAGCUGUGGCAGUCGUGACGUUUGUUGGGUUUGAUGAAGAGACUGUGUCGGUUAAAAGGCUUCAGAGGAUCAAGUGCCCACAGUCACACAAGAGAAGCUUCGUAUUUGACGAUGAAGAUCUGGAGAAACCAUUUUUCCAUGACAGGAAACCGCCAGGCCCUGCGGUGCCAUGUAUGUUAUCUGAACAUGGUGAAUGUAUUCCAUACACCAUCAACAGAUACUUACGAGACUAUCAGCGGGAAGGAGUGAGGUUUAUUUACAGUCACUAUGUUAAAGGCAGAGGCUGCAUUCUUGGAGAUGAUAUGGGACUUGGAAAAACAGUACAGGUUAUUUCCUUUCUGGCAGCUGUACUGCAUAAAAAAGGGACUCGAGAGGACAUUGAAAACAAUAUGCCAGAAUUCUUACGCAAGAAAAAAGAAUCUAGACCAAUUGAAGCCAAAAAGAUAUUUCUAAUUGUUGCGCCCCUGUCAGUCCUAUAUAACUGGAAAGAUGAGUUGGACACAUGGGGUUACUUCAGAGGUACCAUAUUGCAUGGCACUAAGAAAGAAGCUGAAUUUGCCCGCGUGAAGAGAGGAAAGUGUGAGUUUGCUCUGACGACCUAUGAGACUCUACGCCUUUGCCUCAGUGAUUUUAACAGCAUCAGGUGGUCUGCUGUCAUUGUUGAUGAAGCUCAUAAGAUAAAAAAUCCAAAUUCUCAGAUAACACAGGCUAUGAAAGCUCUAAAGUGCAACGUUCGAGUUGGAUUGACUGGAACCAUUCUUCAGAAUAAUAUGGAAGAACUGUGGUGCGUAAUGGACUGGGCUAUACCAGGAUGCUUGGGCAGCCUAAAUCUCUUUAAAGCUAAGUUUUCUGAUCCAGUAGAGCACGGCCAGAAGCACGAUGUGACUAAAAGAAACCUGGCAAUGGGGAGGAAGGCUAUCAGGAGGCUGGCAAGAAAACUGUCUCGUUGGUUCCUGAGGAGAACCAAGUCUCUUAUUAGUUGCCAGUUACCAAAGAAAGAUGACAGGGUAGUGUAUUGCUCAUUGACAGAGUUCCAGCAAGCCGUCUACAAGGCUGUUUUGGAGUCGGAGGAUGUCAACCUGUUGCUACGCAGCUGUGAGCCAUGCAGCUGUAAUAGUGGACUUAAGAGGAAAAGCUGUUGCUAUAAGAAAAACAAAAAUGGAGUUCCUAUGCGAGCUUUGUAUUUCAGUUAUCUAAUGAUUCUGAGAAAGGUGGCUAACCAUGCAGCCCUGCUGCAAUCAAACGGAAACACAAGCAAGGCGCAGGAGGUUUAUGUGAACCAGGUCUGCAUGCAAGUCUUCAACAGAUUUCCAGACUUUGUACAACAGAGCAAACAUGCUGCCUUUGAAACUAUUUCUGACCCCAAGUAUAGUGGCAAAAUGAAGGUUUUGCAUCGACUGCUAGAGCACUGCAGGGGGAACAAAGACAAAGUUCUUCUCUUCUCCCUGUCUACUAAGCUCCUGGAUGUGCUAGAGAAAUACUGCAUGGCGGAAGGCAUUGAAUACCGGAGACUAGAUGGCAAUACAAAAUCAAAAGAAAGGGUCAAGAUUGUGAAGGAGUUCAACAGCACACAGGAUAUUAACAUCUGUCUAGUGUCUACGAUGGCUGGUGGGUUAGGGUUGAAUUUUGUGGGAGCCAAUAUUGUUGUGCUGUUUGACCCUACAUGGAAUCCAGCCAACGAUCUUCAAGCAAUUGACAGGGCUUAUCGAAUUGGUCAGUGCAGAGAUGUGAAAGUCUUCAGAUUAAUAUCACUGGGCACUGUAGAAGAAAUUAUCUAUCUACGACAAGUGUACAAGCAGCAACUUCAGUGUGCAGUUGUUGGAAGUGAAAAUGCCAAACGCUACUUUGAGGCAGUGCAAGGUUCAGAAGAGCAUUCAGGGGAACUUUUUGGCAUUCGGAACCUUUUUCGUAUGCAGACUGAAGGGUCCUGUCUAACAAAAGAAAUCCUUGAGAGAGAUGGUCGGGUGGAAUCCGGCAUAAUGACAGCUGUCACGCGAAUGAGAGAGCAAACUCCAGUACGAGGGAUGGAAACAACAACAGGGCCUAAUGGUGAGCCAUCUAAAGAAAAUCCUGAAAUCACAGAAAAGAUGAGCAAAGCAUCCAGAAUACCAAAAGGGAUCUUGGAUUUCAGCAGUGACAGUGAGGAGGAUCAUGGAAACAAGUCAAAAUCCAGAUCUGACAAAAACAGGGACCGUGAAUCCAGUAGCACUUCUCCUGGCCCGGUCACUCUGCUUCACUGUGGAUUUUCUAAACUGCUUGAUGGCAAUAAGGAUCUGGGGGAAUGCAAUGAUAGCAGUGGCAGUUCUAACAUGGAAAGUUCUGAAAGCCAAAGCUCUUCCAAUGAAGAUAUGGAAGCCGCUCCAUCAGUUGAAUUGGGAAGAUCCAGUAAUUUUCUGCCAUCAGUGACUCAAACCUCGAGACAAGAGCAGCCUCAAAAACAAAAGCUUCGCAAGAAUUGUGCUCUUUCUAGCAAGUCUGAGGGAGACACAGAAUUAGGAAACAAACCAAAGAAUUGUGGCACUUCCAAGAAGACUCUUGUUGCCAAGGCGACCCAUUGUAGUUCAGAAGACAGUGAUGAUGUCAUCCCUCCUUCUCAAGUGCUAGGUGCGAAAAGGAAAAUGCCUGCCAAGGGAGAAAGUCACAGUGAAAUCUUCUUGGAAGAAACUGAGGACUCAGAACAUGGAAAUGUCACAGGCCAGUCCUCUAAAUGGCACCAUUUGCUAGCUGGCAAACAAACAGAUCGUCAAACCACUGCAACCAGCUUCCAGAGUAAAACAGGAAAAGCAGUUUACAAGUCUAAAAUGUUUUGUAAGCUUAGAGACUAUGGAGAUGAGUCUGAUGAGUCUGAUGAUAUCGAGAUCCCAAAAAAUACAAAGUUGUACACCUCCAAAACAAAAAGGUUAAAGCAGUCAGUAGGUUCAACAAGUGUGACUCUUUCCAAAAAGCAUCAGACACAUGUUCAUUUCAGAUUACAAGAGAACAAAUCUGAUGAUGUAAGAGCAGACUCUCAGAGAAUUGAUAACUUCUCAUCUUCAGAAGAGGAUGUUCCUACCAAGAAAGUCCGCUUUAGUAAAAACUGCAGGAAAAGAAACUGGGUACCAGACAGGAUGUCCAGCAAAAGUCAGUUUGCCAGUACUGAAAAUCGCUCCAGUAAAGCAGUCAAGAAGUCAAGUGUUUCUGAACUCAAAUCAUCCCUGAAUGGCAAACCUAAGAUUAACCAAGAUGAGAAGUUUGGAUCUAUGGACACCUAUUUAGAUGGGGUUCAGGAAGUUGCAUAUGCUCAUUCAAAUCAACGUAUUGUCGGCGCAAGCAAGGCUGAAAAUCGAAUGAGUCGCUCAGCCAUGCGGGAUGUGUUUGAACUGAAAAGGUUUUCCCAGAUCCCUGCCAAUCUAGCGGUGUGCAGUGGCGAGACUUUGUCAGAACAAACUGAUGUGGACCUUACCCCAACAAAGCCUACACAGGUGGACAGUGGAAACCCAAAGCCUCUUCAUCAAGCACAUCCUGUCACACAAACAGAGUAGAGUCCACAGGGUGGGGAGGACUACCUUCUUCAUUGGAGAGACUCCCAAAGCAAUCUGCAGGAAACAGCUGACAGAGAUGGCUGCUUAUUUCAGGAUGGCUUCAGUGGAGGAGCUGGCAGAGCUCGUUGUUAGAAGCACCCCUGAAUCUCGACAAUCAAUGCUGAGAGAUUUUUACUGUAGCCAGCAUGCCGAA